CUGUUUCUUGUUCAUACUGCACAUCCUUGUCUCAUCAGCAGAAGAUACAAGCACAUUUUGAUUCACAGUUUUCCUUUUUUAAAAUUUCUUCACAACUUUUGGGUUUUUGGUAGCCUUCAGCUUAGCUCCAUGGACUAACCUCGCUAUCCUUGAACAAGCAUCCACAGUGCCUUAUCUACGUCGACAUUAGACAACAUCUCACAUGGCAGUUUUUCAGACCACUGCAUGGAGGUUGAUCUCUGGGGUCUUAGGAGUAAUAUGCCUUUUGUUGAUGGCUGCUUUGGGAGUUCUGUUAAACAAUUCACUUACUAAACAAAGUGUUCAGCCUGGACCCUCCACAGAUCUUCAGGAAGGAUCUGGCUGCUAUUCUUGCCAAGAAAAGUGGAUUGGCUACCAAUGCAACUGUUAUUUCGUUUCUAAUGAAUUAAAAACAUGGAAAGACAGUAGGGAUUUUUGUGUUUCUCAUAAUUCCAGUCUACUUCAGAUACAAACCAGAAAUGAACUGGAUUUCAUGAAGUUCAGUACCAGUUUUUACUGGAUUGGGCUUUCUUCCGGUGAAGAACAUGAUGCCUGGUUGUGGGAGAACAAAUCUACUCUCUCCCAAGAUCUACUUCCUUUCCCUAAAUAUGUAAAUCCAAAGAACUGCAUGACGUAUAGGCCAGGAGGAAUGAUUUUGGAUGGACACUGUGGAAAGAAGUUUCGUUAUAUCUGUAAACAACAGCUUAUUUAGAUGUUUCUUGGGGCAGAAGUGUUGUGCAAUGGAGAUUCAGUAUUACUUAGAAUGGUUACAGAUUGUAUUACUUACCUCUGGGAUCUUUAAAAUGUUCCAAAUUGUGUUUUAUCAAUCAUAUAAUUUUCAUGUAUUUGAAAAUAUAUAUUUAAAUUUUUUAUCUCUAUGCAAUUGGUAUAUAACAUUAUGUUAGUUUUAGGUAUACAACAUAACAAUAACUAAGAUAGUAUGCCUAAUUCAUCAACAUAUAUAGUUACAAUUUUAAAAUUUUGCUAUGUGUUUUAAAAUUGAUGAAACUUGUGUACCUACACCUGAAAUUAUAGAGUCAAGAUAAAUAAUUUAAUGAAUGUUCAAUGUAUAUGGUAUGGAUUCAACAAUUUAUGCAUCUAUUUUUGGAACUUCUCUCUGCUGAAAUUGAAAUAAAACUUAAUUCAGGCCAAACAAUA